AUGGGGUCCCUGGCCUGGCUGUCCUUGGGGCUCCUGCCCCUGCUGCUCCUGGCGACGCAGGGAUACAGCUCGAAGCGGGAGUGGAAACGGCUCUGGGGAACUGCUUGGGGAUCUGUGUAUUUCCUUCAUGCCCUCAGUGGGUCCCUUCAGUCUCACACAGCCCAGCCAUUACUUUUCACACACAGACGGGAUCUACUCAACCUGUCUUUGAUCUUCUCCGCAGGCUGUGGGCGCCGCCCCCUGGUGUCUGGCUACGGCGGGAUGCGGAUCGUGGGUGGCGUAGAUGCUCUGCCAGGGGCCUGGCCCUGGCUCGUCAGCAUCCAGAUCCCCACCCGAAUGGGCCCCCGGCAUUCAUGUGGUGGGUCCCUCAUCAGCACUCGCUGGGUCCUCACAGCAGCUCACUGCUUCAAAGCCAAGAGAAGGGUCCUGGCUCGGUGGAGGAUUGUGACUGGCAUCUCAGAGCUGUCCCACCUGUCAGACUUGGUGCAGAUCCGCUCAGUCCACAGGGCCGUGCUGCACCAGGAGUACAAUCCACGCAAGGAGACAAAUGACAUCGCCCUCAUCCAGCUUGACCGUCCUGUGACCUUUGAUGACCUCACACAGCCGGCCUGCCUGCCCAGUGCACUCAUGGCUGUCACCACCUUCUCCCCCUGCUACAUCAGCGGUUGGGGCACCACCACCCAGAACACCGUGGACACUGCCGACAUCCUGCAGGAAGCCAAGGUGCAGCUCCUUGAUAUCACGACCUGUAACAGCAGCCGCUGGUACAACGGCGGCAUCGCCAGAAACAACCUGUGUGCAGGGUACAAGCAAGGAGGCAUCGACAGCUGCCAGGGGGACAGUGGGGGACCCUUAAUGUGCAAAGAUGAGGUCACAUCCCGGUAUUACGUGAUUGGCAUCACCAGCUGGGGCCAAGACUGUGCCCAGGCCUACAAGCUGGGCCUCUACACCUCUACCCAGCCCUUUCUGGAGUGGAUCCUGGAGAACACGGGGUUCCUGGAGCCUGAGGAGAAGAAGACGCCUGAGGAGAUAUUGCCACCACAGAUCGUGCCCCUCCCGUCUCCUGCUGCUGCCACCAAACUCGCACCUGUCCUUCUCCCUGUCCUGCAAGAGCCAGUCGCCCCGCUGGAGCCACCCUACGUACCUCCAGAGCCACCCUACAUACCCCCCGAGCCAGUCGCCCCCCUGGAGCCACCCUACAUACCUCCAGAGCCACCCUACAUACCCCCCGAGCCAGUCGCCCCGCCGGAGCCACCCUACAUACCUCCAGAGCCACCCUACAUACCCCCUGACCCAGUCGCCCCCCUGGAGCCACCCUACAUACCUCCAGAGCCACCCUACCUACCCCCCGAGCCAGUCUCCCCCCUGGAGCCACCCUACGUACCCCCAGAAUCACCCUACGAACCCCCAGAGACACCCUACGUCUCCCCGAAGCCAGCCAUUCUCCCAGAACCAGUGAGCCCACACAGACCAUUCCUCACCCACAAAGCCAUUUACCCCCCACAAAUGAAUCCCCCCAAAGCCAAUUAUCCCCGCAGACCAGUAAUUGUCCUGAAACUACUGAUCCCCCCAAAGAUAUACACCCAUACCCGUCACAAAGUGAGCAGCCCCUCCCCACCAGCUGUCUCGGCCCUGUCUGCACCCCAGAGGUCUGGAACCACCUAGGAUUUUAAGAAUGACUGAGACAAACUGGGAAGAAGAGUCUAUGGGGGGACUGUAGCGGCUGGAGGGGACCAGCAGCGCCUGUGCCCUGAGGGACAGUGAUCUGAGUGACCCAGACCCCGUAUGCAUUACAUGUGUUGCAUUGCCCUCUGGGUGCCCUGCUGGUCUGUUUAGCCUGGGGCCCUUGGAAGGCACCAGUGUCCCUGCUCCUCCCCAGGAACUGAGGCGUGUGCCUAGAUGGCUCAGCACUGCUCAGGCAGCCAAGGCACCAGGCCUGAGUCGCACACACGGAGGCCCUGCAGAGCUUGCCCAUAGGGGCCCAUCUGUAUGUUCACCCAUCCCCUGCUGCAUGCACCUUCCUAAAAUAAUCUGCGACCCCACAGAUCUGGAGAUUGAGAGGACAAGGAUGGUGAGGAGAGCACGCAGAGUGUCCUGCUCUCCUGUGGGUCCCUUCCAGCCCAUGGUUUCCUGCGACCACAGGUUCUGCAGCCAAGCUAGACGUGAGGCGUGGGAAGAGGAGCGACGGUAGAUAGGUUGGCUCCUGUGUUGCUGUGGGGAACUGAGGCACACAGGAAGUCUGUGGCAGAGCCAGGAAUUGAAUCCAGAGCUCCUGAACGGCAGCCCUUUGCUUCAGUUGCCUAGACUCUUUCAGGUCAUUAGCCCCUCUGUGUUUUCUCAAAAGCCUCACUCCCAGGGAGGCUGGGCCUGCCCACAGCGCUUCAGUUACAUUGUAGGUGGGACCAAAUGUAUCUGCAAGGGCCUCACAACUUUGUGACAUGGAGGGAUGAGCCAGUUCAGUCAAUCACAGCUCCCAGGUGGUACAAAUGACUCGGACUGUACCUCAGUUGUUCUCACCUAGCCGCUGUUCAGUCACCUGGGGAGAUCAGUGCACACUAAGGGUAUGUCUACACUACAAAAUUAGUUCGAUUUAAUAGAAGUCGAUUUUUUAGAAAUCGAUUUGAUACAGGCAAUUGUG